AUGGAGAAUGAGCAAGGUAACAACACCGACAAUAACAACAGUUACAGCACCGUGGAUACUGAAAAGGCCGAGCGAUCGGCGUGGCUGAUGAAGUGCCCUCCUGUCGUUUCCAAGGCAUGGGAGUCUGCCGCCGCGGCCUCCGACUCUCUGCCUGUCGCCAAAGUCAUCGUCUCUCUCGACCCCCUCAACCCCGAGGGUUCUUCGUCUCUUGAAUAUACUAUGGAGAUGGCUGGAAAUGAGGUUGCGAACGUGCCAAAGAGUUACUCUCUGAAUAUGUUCAAGGAUAUCGUUCCCAUGUGCGUUUUUUCGGAGAAUAAUCAAGGAAGAGUUGCCAUGGAAGGCAAAGUGGAACAUAAAUUUGACAUGAAGCCCCAUCAUCAGAACAUUGAAGAAUAUCGAAGAAUAUGCCGUGAAAGGACAAAGAAAUCCAUGGUCAAGAACAGGCAAAUACAAGUGAUCGAUAAUGAUCGUGGAGUGCUCAUGAGGCCCUUGCCUGGAAUGUUGGGCGUGAUUUCGUCCACUUUGAAGGAUAAGAAGAAAGCUGCUCCAAUUAAGGGAUCAGAUGUGAAAAGAACUAGAAGGGACCGUGGGGAGCUGGAAGACAUCAUGUUUAAGCUUUUUGAAAGGCAGCCUAACUGGACACUGAAGCAGCUGGUCCAACAGACUGAUCAACCUGCGCAAUUUUUGAAAGAGAUAUUGAAUGAGCUCUGUGUAUACAAUAAAAGAGGAACCAACCAAGGAACUUACGAGCUCAAGCCAGAGUAUAAGAAAUCUGUUGAAGAUACGGGUGCUGAAUAA